AUGCAACGAAUAUUGAUAAAUAUGAAAAAUGCAAAAUUCGAAUUUAAAUUUCAUUCGAAGAAACCUAUUAAAAAUAAAUCAUUUCAAUUAUUACCAUUUACUUCAGAUGAAGAUGAUGAUGAUUUAUUAUAUCCACAAUCGACUUCAACAUUUUCCAAAUCUCAAGAAAAAAUUUCCAAUCAAAUUAUUUGUUUAAAAAAUUUAUCUACUCCAUCUAUCAUAACUCUGAAAAAUAAUUUUACAUUAUCUACUCAAAAUGAAUUAACUAUGAGUCAUCCACCAGAAUCAAUUCCAUCAUUAGUUGGAUUACAAGGAUACUCACAUGAUUGGGAAUCUAUGCGAACCAAUGAAAAUAAUAGUAAUCUACUUGAUCAUACAAAUGUACAAUCAGAAUCAAUAUCAAAUUUUAAUGAUCAAAAUGAAUCAAAAAAUCCUCGUGAAAAAUUAUCUGAUGAUCAACGUCGACAAAUUCAUAAUCGAUCAUGUACUAUCAAACAACGUCGACGCUACUACAAAAACGAAUUGAUUUUUCAAAAUAUCGAUUAUCGUUUUUCAAUAAAACAAAUCAAAAUGAUAUUAAAAGAAGAAAAAAUCCCAUUUUAUAUCGUCAACACCACAACAACAAACGAAAACAAAAGAAAAUUAUUUGUCGCUGUUCGUAAUGCAAAAUUAUUAAAGACAUAUGAACAACAAACUCAACAUCUAUUUACAAAAGUACAUUACGAACAACGUAAAGCAAAUCGACAAUUGUUACGAAAUGCUCAACAUUAA